AUGUCAAGCUACGAAGUCGAGCACAACGUCCCCCAAGACCAACAACAGCCCCAACCUCGCCGCCGCCCAGAUCUUUCAACCUUCUUCACCCAACUCGGCCAAAUCGACACCACAGGCAACCGCCAACCGCAAAAUGCCAACUCGGUCCCUCUCCCCUCCGACGUCUCCGCCGCACUACGAGAACUCGCCAACGCCUUCGCCAUGAUGCGCGGCGACUCCGACGCUCCCACCGACGGCGACAACAACGACCGACUCCUCGACCGCUUGAUCCGUGAACUGCGCGACUCGGCCGAGCAUCCGCCAACGGAGGUUGAGGGCGUCAGUGAUGAAUUCGUUGAACAAUUGGAGCGGAUCCCGAAGAAGAGCUUGAAGAAGACGGAUGAUUGCAACAUUUGCUUGAAUGCAUUUCUUGAUGACGAUUAUCCGCUCGUGGUGCGGCUGCCGUGUGGCGGGAGACAUGUUUAUGAUCUGGAGUGCAUUCAGCCAUGGUUGAAGACGAAGGGGACGUGUCCGUUGUGUCGGCAGGACUUUAGGAAGAGGAAGGAGCCGGUUGUGAAGAAGGUGGAAGACGAGGAGGAGGAGUAUGAUGAUAUGUAUGCGUGA